AAUGAUAUCCCUUUAAGAGCAACUGGGACAUAGCGGCGCAAGAAAAGGAGAGGAGGGGGAGAAGAAAGAGGAUUUAAAAAGAAAAGGAAGAAAGAUACAUGGAGGGAGGAGGGAGAGCGAGCAAUAAAAAAAGAAAGAUGACAUCCUCGCAAUUGAACAGCCGAGGUGGAGCGAUAGGCUGCGUCCCGGCGCGAUCGCUCUUAGCUAGGGUCAGGGCUUGAAUCCAACAGCGAGGCUUCGACAAACAAGCGAUUGGCCUGUUGGGGGAAAUCGGAAGAAUAGAUUCAUAAAUUAAAAUAAUGAACUGCUACUCUUUCAAAUGCGUUUAUUGUAACACUGAUAGUAGUUGUCAUUGUGCGUAAUGCAUUACUUUUAAUUUUAAGAUCGAGCUAUUACUAUAUGACUACGGCUAUAUAAAUAACAUUGAUUUUGUGCGCACAGAUAUUUGGUUUCAAAGUCAUCAAUGCCAAGAGAUAUGCGUUCCUUAUGCUUUGAUAAAAUUACAGUUAGAAACCAAAGAAAGAUAAAUAGGCCACUAUUGGAGCUGGCAAUUCUACUCAGGCAGUCAGCCUAGUCGAAACGCCUGUGUGAAUUUGAAUAGCUUGAAUACUCCUGUUAGAUAAAUAUUUUGACAAAGUACAUUUUUGAUAGUUGCAUGUCCCUUUCGGAUGAUCAAUAGCAUACUUUUCUUCCUGCAUUUGAAUACUGUCAACAUAGAUCUUCUCGCCACAAUCAUUAACAGUGCGAUUAAAUAUUAUGCCAACGGUUUACUGUCGAAUCGCCAUCAGGAUUACUUAGCUGAUUUUAUACUCUUCAUCGCUUUGGUGCAAAAUGGAUGCUGCUUGGAGCAAUUUUCUCUUCCAGACUACUCCCACCCAAAACCAAGUGGAGGGGGCCCUCCAAUCCGAACUCUUACCAGUCCAUAUGGCCUCUCCUCAGACCCCUCCCACAGAGCACAUAAUCCAUCCUCCUUCCACGGUGGACACUGCUGCCCUCAAUGAAGAACCCUUACCUGUGAAGACGGUGUCCCGGCCUGCCCGUGUGCCCCACAUCUGUGCCAUAUGCAGCAAGCAGUUCAAGAACAACUACAACCUGCGGCGGCACCAGUCGGUCCACACCGGGGUACGCAUGAAGCGAGCAGGGGAGCAGGAGGAGGGGGCAAAGGAGGGUGGCAAUGGUGCCGGCCCAGCGCAGGUGGUGUCGGGAGGUAGGACGGAGAGGUACACGGUCCCCCUCACUCUGCUCCACCUCUCCGUUCCUCCCCCUCUCCCCCCUCCCAGACUGCUGGCGUCCCAGCAGCCAACUGUGGGUAGUCAGGAUGGCGAAGAGGUUGCCAUGGCAAGCGUAGUGGCUAGCGUUAACCCCCAUGCUCCUCCUGCAGCUGUUGACAUGGGGGCGGGGGCGACAGUACAGAGGCCAUCGAACCCAAACCCUGUGCGGAAGAAUCACGCUUGUGAAACGUGCGGGAAGGCCUUCCGAGAUGUGUACCACCUUAACCGACACCGUCUCUCCCACUCGGAUGAGAAACCCUUCUCCUGCCCCAUCUGCCAGCAGAGGUUCAAGAGGAAGGACCGCAUGAGCCACCACGUGCGCUCUCACCAAGGUGGUGUGGAGAAACCCUACGUGUGCCCCCACUGUGCCAAGGCUUUCUCCAGGCCUGACCAUCUCAACAGUCACGUCAGACAAGUCCACUCUUCUGAACGACCCUUCAAGUGUCCGGUACUUGAUACAUGCGAAUCCAGCUUCGCCACGAGGGACCGGCUACGUGCCCAUAUGAUCCGCCACGAGGAGAAGGUCCCGUGCCAUAUAUGCGGCAAGCUCCUGUCUGCUGCCUACAUCACCGAUCACAUGAGGGUGCACAACCAAUCGCAGCACCACGCCUGCCAUCUCUGUAACCGCAGCUUCACCACUCUGACCUACCUGCGCGUCCACGCCCAGAAGCACCAUGGCCAGGAGUGGAAGGAGAGCGCUGGCGUCUUCGGCGGCACGAGCUCCGGCGGUGUCCUUGUGUGCCAGCUGUGCGGGGUGCACUGCAAGACCCCCACCCAGCUGCAGGGCCACAUGGGCACCCACAGCACAGGGGGCCAAGGGGGAUCUCCUGGCCCUGUCACCUCUAGUGGGGCAUCCAGCUCCUCCGUGUCCCUUGGCAACAUGGUGUCCGCCCCAAACUUCUACGUCAGCGGCAACACGGUGGUGGACCUGCUAGUGUCGGAUUGCUCCAGCAUCCAGCCUCAGUCCCACAGUUAGCAGAGUGGAGCCUCAUCUGAACCACAGCCCCUUGAGUCCCUAAGUCCUAUAGUGAGAGGUUAGGAGGACAAAGGGAGCUUGCUUAGGGGAGAGCCACAGUAAAGAAUGUAGCUACUCGAAAUCCCAUAGCUAGUGGAAAAGGUCGAAAGGGACAGAGCGGGCUGGCUAAGGGGAGAGAAAGAGGCAGAGAGAAAGUAUGCGAGAACAGUUAGGAGAAUGUGGCGAGAGGAGGGGGGACAUAUGUCCUGUACGCUGCUGAUUCGAUGACGCUAGAUAACGACAAAUACGAAAGUGAGUGUCCCCAACGUGGCUGAACUUUCUUGCACUUUCAGGACUCCUAUGACACUGUGGUCUUGUGUGCAUCUACUCUAUCCCUCUCCCUCCCUCCUUCCACCCUUUGUCUCCCACGGGCCCAGCAACUACUCCCCUCUGCUAGUAAUGUACCAUCUUUUGUAACUGUAUGUCAGAAACACUUUCCUUUUGCCUCCAUUUUGUCGCUCUCUUUUCCCGAGCCUUCAAAAGAAAGGCUUGUAGUAAGAAGUUGGGGGAUGAUAUAAAAGAGUAACAGGGAAAUUAUAUUAUAAAAGGGUGCGUGUAAGAGGAUAUUCUGAAAGAGAAUGAAAGGUUGAGGGGGAGAAUAGCACAUAAGUCAGGGGCUGCUACCUUCCAGAAAUGGAGAGGAGUAGACACUAUAAAUUGUGUUAUCAUAGAGUAUAUGGAUGUAGUCUGUUUUAAAUAGGGCCAACACUGUAUCUGGAGGUUAGCCCAUACUGUAAUGGUGAUUAUGAACAGUGUACUUUAUCUAUUUGUUUCAGGUACAGUAGAGAGAAAAAAAAACAUUGGCAAAGUUGAGUUAAGGAGUAUCAAGCACCUUACAAAUGUUGACGUUUUAAUUUCGCCGAAGGUUCAGACAGGUAUUUGCUCUGCGUCCUCCUCUCUGGGAUGGCCACAUUUUUAAUACACAAUGGAGAUGCUCAUGACUGCUACUGUACAGCCAGGCUCAUGACACAGUUCACUUGCACCUAAAACACAAUUUGCAUGAAAGUGAAACUAAGACAACUUUACUUUUCCUAAAAGUAAAAAGUGAUCAUGCUACAAGAACGUUAGCAGCGGUUCCCCUUACACUACAGGUCGAGUGGCCAUUGAUUCAGUCAAAUGAAUUGUACCCAUGUCUGCCAUUUUCUUUGUUUGUAACUGUCAUUGCUAUAGUCUCCUUUGUUUUGUUCCUUGUACGAGUUUACCGUAUUAAAACUCAUUCAUUUGAAUUCUAGACACCACCAUGUAUAGUGCACAGUGUUCUGAUCACAACUCAUAUUAUGAAUCUGAGAAGGAUCUCUUUUCCUCCGAUCAUUUUGGUUGUUAAGACUUUUUCAGUGGUUAAGGUGUGAUGUCAUGGAAGGGCUUUAAAGGUCAACGGUCAGGUUGAGAUAAGUAUAUCCAGGUACUACUAGUGUUCUAUGCCCCACCCCUAGUAUGCUUUCAACAAGUCCUGCUUUUGUACUGAAGUGCUUCAUUUCAUCUGUUUAGUGUUGGCAUGUUAGCUUGAGAGAAGAAAAAAAAAAGUAGAAUGUUUAAUUUUGAGACUUGUUCUUCCUGUUGAGAAAAGUAGUGAUUUAAUCAAAGUUAUUUUAGGGUUCCCGCAUUAAGCAAAACAAAUUAUAUUUUUAAACUAUAUUCUAUGAACCUGUACAGCUCUUGCGAUACAUCUUAAUGCCUUAUUGUACUCAACUGCGUUUUAAUUAUUUUAUUCUGAACUAUUUAAAAUCUUAGUCAUGGAUUUAUUAAGGACAUUAAUGGGAUGUAUUUAUAUUUUUAUAUUUCAACAAUAUGCAUGUCUACGAACAGUUGUUGGAGCCAAACCAUUUUUGACGCUUACCACGAUCAUGAAUAUUAAGUUAUUAUUUUGUAGAUGAAGUAGAGAAUGUUAUUUUGUAAUUUUUACUAUUAAAAGUGAAACGACUAAACAGA